GUUUUACAGAGAAAGAGACUAACCAAGAAGAAGUAGAAGAGAAGAUCAAGAAAGAGGAAGAUAUCAUCAAUCGAAGCUGUUUCUUUAAGGAGAGAUGGCCAACCAUAGAAUCAGCGAAGCCACAAACCAUAACCAUAAUAGUCAUCUUCCUUAUUCACUUAUUCAUGGCCUCAACAACAAUCAUCCUUCUGGUUUCAUUAACCAAGAUGGAUCGUCAAGUUUCGAUUUCGGAGAGCUAGAAGAAGCAAUUGUUCUGCAAGGUGUCAAGUAUAGGAACGAGGAAGCCAAGCCACCUUUAUUAGGAGGAGGAGGAGGAGCUACGACUCUGGAGAUGUUCCCUUCAUGGCCAAUCAGAACUCACCAAACUCUUCCUACUGAGAGUUCCAAGUCAGGAGGAGAGAGCAGCGAUUCAGGAUCGGCUAAUUUCUCCGGCAAAGCUGAAAGUCAACAGCCGGAGUCUCCUAUGAGUAGCAAACAGAAUCAUCAUCAUCUCAUGCUUCAGCAUCAUCAUCAUAACAUGGCAAACUCAAGUUCAACAUCUGGACUUCCCUCCACUUCUCGAACUUUGGCUCCUCCUAAACCUUCGGAAGAUAAGAGGAAGGCUACAACUUCAGGCAAACAGCUUGAUGCUAAGGCGUAUGUGCAACAGCUAGAAUCAAGUAGGAUAAAGCUUUCCCAAUUGGAGCAAGAACUUCAGCGAGCUCGUUCUCAGGGGCUGUUCAUGGGUGGUUGUGGACCACCAGGACCUAACAUCACUUCCGGAGCUGCAAUAUUUGACAUGGAAUAUGGGAGAUGGCUAGAGGAUGAUAACCGGCAUAUGUCGGAGAUUCGAACCGGUCUUCAGGCUCAUUUAUCGGACAAUGAUUUAAGGUUGAUCGUUGACGGUUACAUUGCUCAUUUUGAUGAGAUAUUCCGAUUAAAAGCCGUGGCCGCAAAAGCGGAUGUUUUUCACCUCAUCAUCGGAACAUGGAUGUCCCCAGCCGAACGUUGUUUUAUUUGGAUGGCCGGUUUCCGUCCAUCCGACCUAAUCAAGAUAUUGGUGUCGCAAAUGGAUCUAUUGACGGAGCAACAACUGAUGGGAAUAUAUAGCCUACAACACUCGUCACAACAAGCAGAGGAGGCUCUCUCGCAAGGCCUCGAACAACUUCAGCAAUCUCUCAUUGAAACUCUCGCCGCAUCUCCAGUCAUUGACGGAAUGCAACAAAUGGCUGUCGCUCUCGGCAAGAUCUCUAAUCUCGAAGGCUUUAUCCGCCAGGCUGAUAACUUGAGGCAGCAGACCGUUCACCAGCUGAGGCGGAUCCUGACCGUCCGACAAGCCGCACGGUGUUUCCUAGUCAUCGGAGAGUACUAUGGACGGCUCAGAGCUCUUAGCUCCCUUUGGUUGUCUCGCCCACGAGAGACAUUGAUGAGUGAUGAAACAUCUUGCCAAACGACGACGGAUUUGCAGAUUGUUCAGUCAUCGCGGAACCACUUCUCCAAUUUCUGAAUGAAAUGGAACUUUGAUAACUAAAUGGCCAAGUUUCAUUGUCUGUCUUAAUUUCACCUAUUUCCCCUUUAAGUUGUACUAGAAAAGAUAGGAUCUUCUUUUGGCAUUUUUCCUUUUUUAUUAUAGUUUUAUGCUACUAUAAAAUUAACGUACCACG